AUGUCUGCCAUGACAGGUCCGAGGCAUUCCCCUUCGUCCCCGUGGCAUCAAGAUACUCAAAACCAGCCACUUGCCAGCGCCAGCACUGGUCACCAUCAUACCGUGUCAGGUCAUUUGAGCCCCAAUUACUUUGCUAUUGGCGCAAAUGAUGCCAGCAAUCCACAUGAUUUGAAGCAAAGUCUUCAUGCAAGGAAUAACUGGGACAUAGCUUCUCAGCCCCAUACCCAAUCAACAUUCUCCAGUCAAAGACCGCAGCUACUACCCCAGAAGUCACUCUACGAGGACAUCCAGGGCGAUUAUAUGAGAAGUCCCACCGUGAACGAAGGGAAUUGCAGAAUGUCCGUCUUACACGGCCUACCAUGGAAUCCUGAGUUGCAAAAGACCAAUUCGUCGGAGCGCACUGCCGCUUUGCAUUCGAGCCCUCGGAAUUCCUAUUUUCAAGAACCAGAGCACACAGUUCGAAACAGCCAUAGGCCAGAUGUCUCUCAAAUCGAUGAUUCGCGUUCUCAGGAUUCAAUGCAACAGACAUCCGUUCAGCCGGUCCGUCCCUUUCAGCUGUCGUUCCAGGGUGGGUUGGCAAAUACCGUUUCGUGCCAAAAUACUCCCGAAUCCGGAUCUCAGGCAUUGCAUCCCGCUCAUGGGGUCAACUUCGUAUCUGCCGAGCGUUGCGCCGAGUUAGUCAUAUCAGCCCAUCGGGAAUCAAUCUUCUUGGAUGUGCGUCCGUUUACGCAUUUUGCGCAGUCUAAUAUCAGAGGGUCGCUGAAUCUUUGCAUCCCAACCACCCUGGUUAAGCGGCCUUCGUUCGACACACGGAAGUUGGAGAACACAUUUACGGAUGAUAGCGCCAAGAAGAACUUCGCGAGAUGGAGACACUGCCGCUAUAUUAUCGUCUAUGAUGCCGCUACAGCUGACCCCAAGGAUGCGGGGCCGCUAUCAAAUUUGCUGAAGAAGUUCACGGUUGAGGGUUGGGAUGGUGAAGCGAUGAUCCUAAAAGGUGGCUUCAAGACGUUCUCGAACUGCUUUCCCGGCCUCACGCAAAAUCAGCAAGGAGAACAACUGCAGGCUGCAACAACGGCUGCCCCGAAGAAGCCAACUACAAUGCAUAUUAGCCUUCCAGCCGUUGCUCCAGUCGCCGGUGGGUGUGCUUUGCCGGAGUCCUCCGCCACAGUCAUUCCCUUUUUCGGGAAUAUUCGCCAGCACAUGGAUCUCCUAGGAGGUGUUGGGCAGAUGUCUCUUCAACUUCCCAAGCAGUUAACCGAGUCAAAAAGACGGUUGUUACCCUCCUGGUUGCGGGAUGCUUCGAAUCCCAGUGAUCGAGGUCACGGUGUCUCGCAAAAAUUCUUGAAGCUUGAAGAAAAGGAAUUGGAGCGCAUGAAGCAGGCGUUCUCUUAUGGAUCGACUUCCGACGCUGUCUCAUCGAAAAAAUAUCGCAUUGCAGGCAUUGAAAAGGGGACCAAGAAUAGGUAUAACGAUAUUUAUCCAUUUGAUCAUUCUCGUGUUCAACUCCAAAAUGAGCCAAUCGGUGGCUGUGAUUAUGUGAACGGCAACCAUUUGAAAGCCGAAUAUAGUAACAGAAGCUACAUAGCGACCCAGGCUCCUGUGCCGGAUACAUUCAAAGAUUUUUGGCGCGUUGUCUGGGAGCAAGAUAUCAGAUUGGUUGUUGCGCUCACCGCAGAAUUCGAACGGGGCCAAGUGAAGUGUCAUCCGUACUGGGAGUCCGGGAUGUACGGGCCUCUUCAGGUCAAAAACUUCUCGCAGAGAUAUGUCUACAUGGACAGGCCGGGUUCGUCACUGGCGAACGACUCCGGCAUAAAGCCAUCGGCGGCCCAAGUCGACUCCAAUCAGCAGAACGAGGGUGACGAUCCUUGCAUUAUUGUCAGACACUUUGGUCUGUCCCACUCUGCGUUUCCAUUCCAGCCGCUACGGGAAGUUACGCAGCUCCAGUAUCCCUAUUGGCCUGAUUUCGGCACUACCGCGCAGCCAUCUCAUCUGUUGCAGUUGAUUGAGCAGUGUAACAAAAUCAUCGAGACCACCAGUAAUACCGCUUUCAGCAGUAAUGAGGCAGAACCGCAGGGGCAACGGUCGGUUUUGGUACACUGUAGUGCGGGCUGUGGUCGCACCGGUACAUUCUGUGCCGUUGAUAGUGUACUGGACAUGCUAAAACGACAGCGCUCCAGGGCGCAGCAUUCAUCAACUAAUGAUAACAAUUACCCGACUGAUGAGUGGGUCUAUAAUGACGAGCUGGAUCUCAUCGCAAAGACCGUCGCCGAUUUUCGGACUCAGAGACCGAGUAUGGUACAGAACCUCGGUCAGUUUGUGUUAUGUUACGAGAGUGUACUCGAAUGGGUUGUUUCUCAGAUGUCAGAUGGGGAUGAUAUCUCCCAAUGA